AACUCUUCUCCCGCCCUCUCGCCGUGCGCGUUCUUCUCCUUUCUCACACAAUCCCCAACCACGCGGUUCUCCGUGUUCACCCCGCUCUUCCCCACCCCCUCCCUUCAACCCAGGUUGGGGAAUCUCCAUUGACGUUCGGGUGACGCUCCAGUGCUGCCGCCGCGGGGCAGGGAGGGGGGUUCCCAGCGCAACACAGGUAACGCCGCCGCUGCCGCCAUUUUGACGGAGCUGGGUACGCGGAGGGAGCCCUCGGAGACCGGGUGGGGGACGGAGGCAACAUCGAACCACAGUCGCGCGGGCGGCAGUGUGAGCAUCAGUCGUGCGGAGCCCUCCGAGCGGCAGCAUAGUUUUCUCGUCUAAGGGGAGCAGAUGCCCGCGGCGGCGGUCCUCCUCUCCCAGCCGCUGAGGGCAUCCUGCAGCCAGGGCAGCUGUUGCUGAAGGAGGGGCUGGGGGUUCCGCGGGUGGUGGCGGCGGCUGGCCAGCUCCAAGAACGGGAUGCGCGGCUGCGCCAGUGGCUGGCAGCUCCUGCUCAAGUGCUCCUGAAGGGGCGAUGCUACCGUUCUCGCCUCAGGACGAGCUCUGGAAUCAAGAAAUGGAGGUUUUCCGAGGCGGCGCGAGGAGCGGCGAGGUGGAUGGUCUACAGAUUGUUGAUGAGCCGAUGGAAGAAGAAGCAGAUUCUUGCCAAGAUGAAGGAGUUGUUAAAGAAAUCCCUAUCACUCAUCAUGUUAAGGAAGGUUAUGAGAAGGCAGAUCCUGCACAGUUUGAGUUGCUCAAGGUUCUUGGCCAGGGAUCCUUUGGAAAGGUUUUUCUUGUUCGGAAGAAGACCGGUCCUGAUGCUGGGCAGCUCUAUGCAAUGAAGGUGUUAAAAAAAGCUUCUUUAAAAGUCCGAGACAGAGUUCGGACAAAGAUGGAAAGGGAUAUACUGGUGGAAGUAAAUCAUCCAUUUAUUGUCAAAUUACACUAUGCCUUUCAGACUGAAGGGAAGCUGUAUUUAAUACUGGAUUUUCUCAGGGGAGGAGAUGUCUUCACAAGAUUAUCCAAAGAGGUUCUGUUUACAGAGGAAGAUGUGAAAUUCUACCUUGCAGAACUGGCCCUUGCUUUGGAUCAUCUGCACCAAUUAGGAAUUGUAUAUAGAGACCUGAAGCCAGAAAACAUUCUGCUUGAUGAAAUAGGACAUAUCAAGUUAACAGAGAAUUUUGGACCAGUACACAUUAAAGAUUUUGGGCUCAGCAAGGAAUCAGUAGAUCAAGAAAAGAAGGCUUACUCAUUUUGUGGUACAGUGGAGUAUAUGGCUCCUGAAAUAGUAAAUCGGAGAGGCCAUUCCCAGAGUGCUGAUUGGUGGUCAUAUGGUGUACUUAUGUUUGAAAUGCUUACUGGUACUCUGCCAUUUCAAGGUAAAGACAGAAAUGAGACCAUGAAUAUGAUAUUAAAAGCAAAACUUGGGAUGCCUCAAUUUCUUAGUGCUGAGGCACAAAGUCUUCUAAGGAUGUUAUUCAAAAGGAAUCCAGCAAAUAGAUUGGGUUCAGAAGGAGUUGAGGAAAUUAAAAGACAUCUUUUUUUUGCAAAUGUUGACUGGAAUAAAUUAUAUAGAAGAGAAGUUCAACCUCCUUUCAAACCUGCUUCUGGAAAACCAGAUGAUACCUUUUGUUUUGAUCCUGAAUUUACUGCAAAAACACCUAAAGAUUCUCCUGGUUUGCCAGCUAGUGCUAAUGCUCAUCAACUCUUCAAAGGAUUCAGCUUUGUUGCAACUUCUAUUGCGGAAGAAUAUAAAGUCACUCCUGUCACAAGUGCAAACGUGUUACCAGUUCAGAUAAAUGGAAAUGCUGCACAAUUUGGUGAAGUAUAUGAAUUAAAAGAAGAUAUAGGUGUUGGCUCCUAUUCUGUUUGCAAGCGAUGCAUUCAUACAGCUACCAACAUGGAAUUUGCAGUGAAGAUCAUUGACAAAAGUAAGAGAGAUCCCUCAGAAGAAAUUGAAAUUUUGAUGCGCUAUGGACAACACCCCAAUGUCAUUACUUUAAAGGAUGUUUAUGAUGAUGGUAGAUAUGUUUACCUUGUUACGGAUUUGAUGAAAGGAGGAGAACUACUUGACCGUAUUCUCAAAAAAAAAUGUUUCUCAGAACGGGAAGCUAGUGAUGUACUGAUUGUAAUAACUAAGACAGUUGACUAUCUUCAUUGUCAAGGAGUUGUUCAUCGUGAUCUUAAACCUAGUAAUAUUUUGUAUAUGGAUGAAUCAGGCAACGCAGACUCCAUUAGAAUCUGUGAUUUUGGGUUUGCAAAACAACUUCGAGGAGAAAAUGGACUUCUUUUAACUCCAUGCUACACUGCAAACUUUGUAGCACCUGAGGUUCUUAUGCAACAGGGCUAUGAUGCUGCUUGUGAUAUUUGGAGCCUGGGUGUUCUUUUUUACACAAUGCUGGCUGGCUAUACUCCAUUUGCUAAUGGCCCCAAUGAUACUCCUGAAGAGAUACUGCUACGUAUAGGCAAUGGCAAGUUCUCAUUGACUGGUGGAAACUGGGACAAUAUUUCAGAUGGAGCAAAGGAUUUGCUCUCCCAUAUGCUACAUAUGGACCCACAUCAGCGGUACACUACAGAACAAGUAUUAAAACACUCGUGGAUAACCCACAGAAACCGCUUGCUGAAUGAUCAGCCAAAUAGAAAUGAUACAUCAGAUGUCAUUAAGGGAGCAGUGGUCACCACAUAUUCUGCCCUGACUCACAAGACCUUUCAACCAAUCCUUGAGCCUGUUGCUGCUUCAAACUUAGCUCAACGACGGAGCAUGAAAAAACGAACAUCAACUGGCCUGUAAGAUUUCUAGUUGUUCCUCAGCCAUCCUGGAUAAAGUAAAAAUUAACUGUGGCUUUUUUUCCUAAUCUUAUAUCAAAAGCAUCAUAUUCUGCUACAUAACUUGAAUAUUCUGUUUAAACCUCCUCUUUUAGGGAGAUGAGAUUAAAAAAAAAAAAAAAAAACACAGGUCCACAGUAGUCA